AUGAACGCCUUCACAGGUCAACGUACCCAAGACCAGACGCACCUACUGCAAGGGCAAGGAGUGCCGAAAGCACACACAACACAAGGUGACGCAAUACAAGGCAGGAAAGGUACUUGGGCAUUCCAUCCUCGUUUGUCGAACGUCCUUCUGAUGCGAACUUUUCUCCAGGCAUCCCUAUUCGCGCAAGGAAAGCGUCGUUAUGACCGCAAACAAUCCGGUUAUGGUGGUCAGACAAAACCCGUGUUCCACAAGAAGGCCAAGACUACAAAGAAGGUCGUGUUAAGACUGGAGUGCACAGCCUGCAAGACGAAGGCACAAUUGGCGUUGAAGCGAUGCAAGCAUUUCGAACUUGGUGGUGACAAGAAGACCAAGGGUGCUGCGUUGGUGUUCUAG